AUGUGGAAAUCUUUGUUCUUUUUGGCAUGUUUGUCGAAUGUCGUCAAUGGAUAUCUACUCUCAAAAAGCGAUCCAAUAUGUCGAGAUGAGACGUUUCUCUUUUUCUGGAAAUCGAAUGAUCCACAAAGUUCACGAGCAAUGAGUCCUUAUGAUAUCACAAGUGAAUGCUCAGUUUAUUACCAGAUAUGGUUCCUAGUUCUUCUGUGCCUGUUUUUCCUCAUUUGGCUAGUUUCAAUCGUUCCAAUCAUCAUUAGUUUCAUCGAAGGAACCGAUAGAAGAACCAAUUGCUGUCAUGAGAAAAAGAAAAGAGAAAAGCAGAAAAAUGGAAAAAACUAA